AUGCUCGAUGAUCAUCCCAGACCAUCAAGGUCAUUCACCUCGUGCUCUUCUUCCUUCGCAUUUCGGACCGAAAGAGGUGAUAAAUCAACACAAUCACAACCACCCUGCGCUCCUAUCAUCACCCCUCACUCCUACAACAGGACAGCCGGAUCCUCACCAAGACAGAGGUCUGGUUCUAAGAGAUUCUAUUCCCAACACGUCAAAAGAGCGAGGAAAGGAAGGCAAACUCGAUUCCGAGCUCAUACGCGAACAUGUACCUCAUGUAUCGUUCCUACUACCGAUCAGUUGAAGGAUUGGGGUUUAGUGGAAGGUGUGAUUAGACCGGAUGAGAAGAAAGCGGUGUAUCACACAGUGUAUAAGCACGUGGAACAGGAACAGAAGAAGAAGUUUGAAAAGGAUUUGAAGGAAGGAAAAAUAUGGUAA